AACGAACGACGAUGAGCGUAGAAGGAGGAAAGGAAUGGCUAGAGGGACGGACAGACGGAUGGCCGGGUAACCCAGAUUGGGUCAGUCGAGCCGAUCCUGCGAAGACCGGCUGCCAGUAGUAGAGUGUUGGACGUCGUGAACGAUUGCGUUCGAUCAUUCAAGCGCGGUCAUCCUAUUGACCGGGUGCGUUUCGAUUGUGAAAAAGAAGUUGACUGCUAAAGAUUGACGCCGAUCGCCUUUAGGUGCGCACAUCUUAGGAGUAUUGAUGUCAGCGAUAGUCCGUGAAAAAAACGAAGCUGCAGGUCGAGAUGCAGUUCUUUUUUCGUAGUAACUGUAGCUAGCCGACAGUCGAGAGCACCCGGUGCCUUUCUCAUAGAUCGGACAAUGGCAAGAGGGAGAGCAGCCGUGACCUUCUCGAUCGUGAUCCUAACUGUGGCGUGUCUCGUUGUGAGGGUCAAGGCAGAAGCUGCGUCCUUGAACGAGACAAUUCACAAUGACGACGUCAUCGCUCAGAACGAGGUGCCGCUCUCUCACGAAUUUGAAAACAAAAACGACGAACUAUCGUCGCACGAACAUCCGCACAAUAUGCAUGGAAAACCGACCAAGUUCGAUAUAAAGUAUAACGCGGACGACAAAGCGGAGUAUCAGAUCGAAACGACGAGAAUAGCGAACGUCACGGCUAAUCCAAUCGAAAUGGAUUCAACGAUCAAUCAAUCUCCAUCAAAUUCGACAUCCGAAUGCAACGGAAAGCUCACGGUCUCGUGUAUCGGGGAGAAUUUCUUCAAUUUCCUGGAUUAUCUCUCAAGGGUUGAUACAUACAACGUGACAGAUUCCGUGCAGAUAAUAAGAAACCCCGAAGCGGACGUAGCGUGCAACGAAUGCAAGAACGACAACGAUCCGGACUCGAAGCUGGACGAGGUUCAUCACUACGUCCGGACACACAUGAUGAAGAUACAGCUCGAUAAGAAUUUGAACCUCGCCAGGAAAGCCAGGACGUUCUUCGGUUCUGUCUUUCAGGGAAAGAGUACGUUUUUAACAGGAUUCGGACUUGGUUUUCUAGCGUUCGGUCUGAAAAAACUGCUGCUGCCCCUGUUCUUCGGCGUGCAGAUAAUUAAGAGCGUACUACUUGCUCUUUUUCUACCUAGCAUUAUCGGCAGUAUUGGUAAUAUCGUCGGAAAAGGUGUCUCCACCUUCGCGCAAUCAUCGUACGUUCCGACCGCGGCACCCGAGGAAAACUUCGAAUUCAAGGAUAACACUGACCUUUACAACGACGACUAUCUCACGCGGCAACCCGUAGGCACAUUACCAGCAUCCGCCAUGUACGACGAGAGUAUGAUGCAGCCGCAGAAAACCCCGGCGGAAAUUGCGUCCCGCUACACGUUCGUCGAUCCGAGGAAACCUAACGCAAACGCGCUCUCGGAUCGUUAUUACAUGAGACACGUGGCCAUGCACGGACAAAAGAAGAAACAAGAUUUUAAGGUCUUCCAUGAGAUUCCAACAAGCUCCCUGCUACUGACGAACUACGACCCAUUCUACUCGCCACUGCUGUCGCGUCUUGACGCCGUUUUCUCUCGUCUCGGCUACAACACGGAAGGUUGCCGAGAAUACACGGUGUGCGCGAUGUAUCGAAGUCCCGCGCGAUACGCGCCGUACUCGAAUCUGGUCUCGGCACAACUGUCGAGAGAGCUGAACGAGCUGAGACGACCCACCAACGACAAUCCCGACGUCUUGCGCUUCUUCAGGUACAUGAAGGCCGCCAAGGACGGUCAGGACGGUCUUAAGUGCGAAGACGUUUACGCGAAUUGUGAGACCGCUCGGGAGGAUCAGACUCUGAAGCAGAAUCAGGCGAUGCUGGCGACAUAUCAGGACAUCAACAAGCUCGUUCAAGCCAGGAAGAUCUGAACACGACGGACGUUCGUACCGUAAAAAAAAGUAGAUUGCGUUAAAAACCCCAAUUUAUGAGCUACUUGAACAGUUCUAAUUGAAUGCGCAGUCACUGAAAAAAAAAAUGCAGCGACUGUUCUGAGGACUCAGCAUUCGUUCGUAGAUGUAUGUAGUGCGUGUGUAAAGUUAUAGAUGUUUUAAAGCAAAUUACGUACAUAUAUCACGUAAGCGCCUCAGAUGCUCGUUUAGUACGUCAAGAAAAAUGCAAAAACUCAAAGGUUUUUUCCUAAAAACAAAAAAUUGUAUUAACUGUUUAAUAUUAAGGAAUAAUAUUUCAUGUUCCUCUCGAUAUCAGAGUCUAAUGAUAUUUUUGAUAGAAGAACUUGAAAUUUGCAGUAUUGAAGCUUCUGAGAGCUUUGUAAUGUAUUAAUCUGUAAUAACCACUAAAACUUCACUAAUCGAACAAACUUUAAAGCAUUAUAUACAAUUUUUCUAAAUUAUCAUUGAUGGCAAAAAACAAUUGAUAAGUAUCCGAAAUGAUAUACGGCAUAGAUAGCGGCAAUGUAUUACACAUUGUUGUUGACAAAUUUCAUCUUUGAGAAAAAUGUCAAACGUUGGCUCAUUGUCGCAAGUAAACACUCUUUCCAUAAUUUUUUUGACAAUUUACCAAUUCACACUUCAACUUCAAUGAUCAAAAUUUACGAAUUGGACUUUGAAUUGCUGCUUCAUUCGUUUUAAUUACUUCUGAUUUUGUUUAUUUCCGAAUCUGAAAAAAGGAAAAUAAAUUUUCGAGCAACAAUCAAGUUAUCAAUGCCGCAAAUGGUUAUACUUUGCCGAGCUGUUAUACAAAAUUACGUGCGAUAAUAAACUAUAGCGUGACAUUUGACAUUUGUUAUUCUGAAAGAUGAAACAACAAUGUGAUACUGCCGCUGUCUAUGCGUCAUUUCGGAUACUUAUCAAUUAUCUCACAUACGUGCACUUGCAGUUUUUCAUGUCGGAAUUAUAAUCUUUGAAAAAUUUCUGUUAAUCAUUUGUACAAUUUCGGAAUAAUUGAUAAUAAAUAAUAUUCAUUAAAAAUGGUAAGAAAUAUAAAUUAUAUUAUAACAACGAACAUGCAUUUUCCAUAAUCAAUGAUUUAUAUAGUCGGUUAAUGAUUAUAAAUUCAGCGAAGAAAAUGCGUUAGAAAGAGAUAGCGAACAAACGUCGCAUCCUAUACAGAAAUAAUUAUCAGCAAACAGUAACUGGAAACUGUGUUGAUGUAAUUCUCAAGAACGUCUUGUGAUUUAUGCGACGUUUGGCUUUCGUUUACGGGAGAGAUUUAUGUGACUCAAUCUACUUCUCACAUAACAAAGUGAUUUCAAUAUGGAGAUGAUAUCCGAUUAUAACAUUUAUAGAGAAAGUUGUUCUUUCACAUGAUUUUCUUAAGAAAUUGUUAUCGAUAAUUAGAUUGUACUGCAGCGAGGGUGUAGUUUGCGCACACUUUCUAAUCUCUUCCGAGAAAAUUCUAAUUUUAAUGUGUUCUAUUAAUCAAGUGUUCUCACACACGAGUGAAUCACUCAAUCAAUUUAACGAUUUAAAUGAAUUAAGUACUUAAAGAUGUAGUUUAGGUACAAGAUAUAGCGUUUUUAAACGAUUAUUGUAUAGUUUAUUUAUUUAUUACUUUUAUUUAUCAUGUGUACAAAAUUUAAUUUUGCGAUUAUAUUUAUUACGACUAUUUAUUUGCAAAGAGAGUUAGUUACAAAGAUAAAUGUAUUUAAUUAAUUUAAAAAACGCGCGCGUCGCGUCAAAUGCGUGUGUAUUUAGAUAAAUAAUGUAAUUUAGUUAAGAAAAGUGCGAUUACCAUUACUUUCAGGAUAUACAUAUAUUUAUACAUAUAUAAUGUACAGACUACGUCAAUAAAACAUGUAUGACGUCAGAGCUUUCUCCAAAGCGAGGCGUCACAAUGUAUGAUAUAA